UCGUCAGAGAGUCGUCGUCACUCUGUAUCGCGCGCGCAUAUCGCCCCGCAGCCAAGCCAGCAAGCAAGCAACGUCGUGCGCGCGCGAGAACCUCAGCGUUGUCAGUGUAUGAUCGCCAGUUGCGAGUUGGGUGCCUUCGUGUACACGAGCAAGAGAGGAGACUCGCUCGCGCCCGCUACACUCGCUCCGAUUGAUUUUGUAUAUAGCCUCGCGCGCGCGCGCUCACAGCCAAACAAGGAGGAAAAAGGGUGCAAAAAUCGGCAAAAUGUCAACGGCGCUCUAUCAGACCGCCAUGGCCGCUAUCGGCAAGAAGGUGCCCGAAAAGUUGCAACCACUGUGGAAACAUCCGGCAGGUCCGCAGACGAUCUUUUUCUGGGCACCAGCGUUUAAGUGGGGCCUCGUAUUGGCAGGUCUUAGCGAUCUUCAGAGGCCAGCCGAACAGCUCUCGAUCAGCCAGUCGGCCGCCCUUGGCUUGACCGGUACCAUCUGGACAAGAUACUCCUUGGCGAUCACACCGAAAAAUUGGAGCCUUUUCAGUGUUAAUCUUUUCGUCGCUUUCACGGCCAUCUACCAAAUAUCUCGAGCUCUGAGACAUCAAAUGGCACAAAAAAGCUUAGAAGCACCCGCGAAAUCGACAGUACCCAAAUAACUAUGAAAAUUGACGAAUUAAUACAUUCCUCACGAACUUAUUUAGCUUGGAACAAAGUGAACUAUGAGAAAAAUAUAUAUUUUAUCUAAUGUAUCGGCUCAAAACAAAGCUCAAGCUCCUCUUGUGUUGUAAACCGUGUUCGAGGUGCAUUGGACUGUUUCGAACUGACUAUAGGAAAUAUUAAAAUUAUCUGACUCGCAGGUCGACGCAGAGUCGCAGCCCGCGUAGACCGUCACUACGCAGCGAAGAUAUUUAUUUUCAUUCGUGCACAUGGAAUAAGAAUAUUAUUUUUUAUGAAAAUGUACAUUCUAAGUCUGUAAUAGAACUUGUUGUAAAUAUGAAUAUCAUGUCUGUUUACAAAAUAAGGCAUGUGGUGCAAAAAGUCAACUGUGAGAAAAGAUGUUAUUUAUGUUAAAAUUGUACAGUAUAUAUAAUAAGCAUGACGUAAUUGUUGGAGAGAAUGAAAAAAACUCCCUAAACUAUCGGUGCAAAAGAA